AUGGCGUCGCUGCUGUCGUACGGAGCCGGCAUCUUAGCCGGCGACAUCGGCGCGAAUCUCGAGGCCACGCUCGGCGUGCCAGGACCUCUGGCCGGCUGGAGCCACGUCAACCUGCCGGCGGAAGGCGACGAGGAGCCUCGUCCCGCGGAGGGGGACUUUCUCAGCCUCGUCACGCGCGAGGACGAUGACGUGGACGACGCUGACGCGGGCAUGCUGGACGGAGACGGCGUGUCGCGCAGGCCGGUUCGGCAACUUUUAGGAGUCGAUUCUCCGUCCGGGAGUCCCGGAAGCGCGUCAGUCCAUCUCCCGCAGACCGUCCUCCAGGUCAUUGCCACGUCACUAGAAGCUGACGUGGUCGUCAUGGCGGUGCUAUUGCCUCCGCCAGGCCCCACCGUCGCGGAUAUGGCGCAGGCGGCGGACGAAGCCGCCGCUGCUGCAGGCGCUCCCCCCGCCCCUCCGCCUCUCUUCCCCGGCGCUGCUUUCUCCCCCGUUGCGCCCUCCUUCGGCGCGCAUUCCCUUGGCGCGGAAGCCAGCGCGGACAGGUCCGGAGAGUUUGGCGCAUGCGCCAGUAGCGGAGGGGAUGUUAGCGGGUACGGGGAAAGCGGAGGGUUCUGCAGCCGGGAGGGCAUGGGGAGGCGCAGCGGAGCGGGCUUUCUUGGCAGGGGAAGAGCCCCCUCUGUCCCCAUGUCCCACCAAUCCCCCUCAUGUGCCCAUUCCCCCACGCAUCCCUCUCCCGUGCGCCCAUUACCAACCUCUCCCCUUCAGGUGGUGAGUACGGCGGGGUUGCAUCUGCCAGCGGUCAUAGAGGAUGUGCUGGGCUGCCGCCCCCGCCGCUUCAUGGGCCGAUUCGUGCGCCUGCACAGCUACCGCGGCGUGCUGUACGCACUGUGGAGCGACCCGGCCAAGGUGCCGGCAACGGUGGAGGAGGUGAUGGCACGUGCAGCACACACGAUGCCGCUGCUCAUGGCCAACCGCAUCUCCGCCCGCCAGUCAGCGCGCCUGGGGCAGCAGUUUGACGCCAUCCUCAAGCGCAUGCCUCAAGCUGUGGUUUUUGUUGACGAUGAGCUGGCUCAGGUGGUGGUGAACCCAGCAGCGGCGGAUCUGCUGGAUCUGCCGUGCUUCGGGGAGGUGGACCCAGUGAAGGUCGCAACUGCCAUGCGCCAGCUGGCUGAGAGGAGCGGUAACCGCCCUGACCUGCACAGGUGGUUCAGCAUGGUAGCGGGGGCGGUAGAGGCGGAGAUAGAGGAGGAGUGGGAGCUGCGGGACCCACCCAUGGUGCUGCGAGUGCACUCGUACCCCGUGGCAGCGCACACCACCUCGGCACACGGCCGCCUGUGGCUCUUUGAAGACGUCACUGCCGACCGCCGCGCCCGCCAGGCCAUUGCUGCCGCCAACCGCGCCAAGUCGCAGUUCCUCGCCACCAUGAGCCACGAGCUCAGGACGCCCAUGACUGGCGUGCUGGGCAUGUUGGACUUACUGCGGCUGACGGAGAUGAGUGAGGAGCAGCACGGUGUGCUGAAGCUGAUGCAGGCGUCAGCGGACGGGUUGAUGACGGUGCUGAACAACAUCCUCGACUUCUGCAAGAUGGAGGCGGGCAGGCUGCUGCUCGAAUCCAUUGACUUCAGCAUUGCUGCCAUCCUGGACCAGGUGGUGGUGCUGUUCGAGCAGGCAGUGCAGGACAAGGGCAUGCGCCUGCUCAUCCACCCACCGCCCCCCGAUGCUCUUUUCGUCUGUGGUGACCCCGUGCGCGUCAAGCAGGUGGUGGCGAAUCUGGUGAGCAACGCGGUGAAGUUCUCCAAGCGCGGCACCAUCACCGUCUCCUGGCGCAUUGUGCCCCACCCCUCUGCUUCCGACCCCUCUGCUUCUGGUUGCGCUGAUGGUGACAGUGCGGAGCAGGAAUGCACAGAGAGUGGGGAGGUGGAAGCGGAGACGGGGGAAGAGGGGCAGAAGGGAGAGGAGGGAGAGAAAGGGGAGGAGAGGGAGGGGCAGGAGGGGACUCAGAAGUUGGGGCAGGAGGGGGAAGGCAGGAGCCCAAUGGAGUCUGGCAGUCACUCGAUACAGUCACACUCACACUCGCUUGCUGCGUCGCUGUCUGUUCGUGCAGAUGAUAGCACUGCUGCUGCAGACACACCAGAGACUGCAGAGGCAGCAGAGGCAGUAGGGGUAGGAGGGUCAGGAGGGGCAGCAGGGGCAGUAGAGGCUGGGGAGACAGCGGGGGCAGCAGGCACGCUGACCUCCCCUGGCAGCACCAGUGGGGAAGGAAACUUCUCCUCUGCGCCCUCAGCGCAGCAUCAAGGCACAUCAUCCGGUGGCUUCCCCUCCAGUCCCGUGCGCAGCAGCAGCGGGCACGCGGGGGCAGCAGCAGCAGGGCAGGAGCAGCCGCGGCUGCUGGCAAGGCGGCUGUCAGCAGAUCUGACUCACCGCACACGGGUCACCCGCCUGCAGGGCUCCUCUGGGGGGUCCGGCUCCGCUGACCUCACCCGCAUGCUGCAACCCGCGCCCUGCCCUUCUCUGCACUCCGCGCCCUCCCUCCCGCCGAACCUCGCCUCCCUCCCCCCGCACCUCGCUUCCAUGCCCUCGCCCUACCUGGCCAGCUUCGAGUCGGCGUCAGCAGCAGGCAGUGUCCUGCCAAGAGGGCCUGCUGCUGCUGCUGCUGCCUGUGGGGGCGCUAUAGGUGGGCCGCUGGGCUUAGAAAAUGUUGCUGCCAGUGUGGCUGGAGGGCGGCUGCCAGCUGGUCAGGGGACGCACGGGCCUGCAGGCUCGGCAAUGGAUGCAGGCUUGGGGAUGGGUGCAGGCUUGGGGAUGGGUGCAGGGUCGGCGCCGAGCCUGAGUAAAGGGGGGAGCUUGGGGCAGAGCGUGCAGAGUGGGAGUUGGGGCAGUGGGAGUGGGGCAGGAGGGCGGAUGGGUGAGUGUGAUGGGGGGGCGGUGAGUGCAGGGGGAGGGGGAAGGGGAGGCAUGGGGGGAGGCAUGGGGGGAGAGGGAGCAGGAGUGGGAGAGAGGGACGGUGCAGGAGUGCUUGAAUCAGCUGCUGACGUGGCAAUGCUGCUGGGUGAACCUUUCAUGCCGGUUUCUGGUCCCCUCAGACCCUCCGGUGGCAGCAGCGUGUCUGCUGACGUGGCGGAUGUUGUUGUGCUGGAUGAGAGACCAGGCUCUGACGUGGCAGCUGACGUGGAGAUGCUGUGUGGGGAUAUACUCCCUGCACCUGCCACAGGUACAGUCACCACUCCUGCUACAGCCGCCGCUGCUUCAGCAGCAGCACCUGCCCCCACCACUUACCUCCCCCCCAGCUUCCCUGCAAUCCCUCCCACACCCAUCCCCACCUCCCUGUCCCCCCAUUCUCUCCGCCCGCCAGCCAGCCCGCGGCUGCGCGUGGUGUGGCAGGGGGGCCGGGCGGCGGGGGAGGAGGACGUGGGGAGGGUGAGUGUGCGGGCGAGCUCAGAGGCCCAGCAGUGGCUGCGCUCGCUGCAGCAGCCCGUGGGGCGCCUGCAUGGCUUUGAGGAUGUGACUGUAACGGAUGGUGUUGUACAGGACGGGUCUGUGCUGAUGGGCACGGGCGUGCGUGAGGGGGUAGACUUGGUGGGGGAGGGAGGGAGGGUGGGGAGCGCGGGGCUGCUCAGGGGAGGGUCGGGGGAUGUGAUUGUGCGGAGGGGAGGGGGGAUGGUGAGAAGGAGCAGUGCGGGGGGAACAAGGACGGAGGUGGUGGGGCGGAUGGGGAGGAGCGUGCAGCAGAGGGAGCGCGCGCUCAGAAGGCAUGUGUCUGCUGGUGUGGCGGAGGCGGGGAGACGGGGCAAGGGGGAGGAUGGGGGGAGCGUUGCCUGGGUUCAGGGGAACGAGGUGGGAAAGCAGGAGAGUGAAGGUCACGAGGGGGGUGAUUCAAGCAGGAGGGGGCGUGGGGAAGGAGAUGUUACUCGGGGAGCUUGUAGUGGGGGUGUUAGUAGCGGGGGAGCAGAGACGGUUGUGACUAUAGGGGAGGUGGUGGCUGCUGUGGGUGAUGGGGGGUGUUCCGGCAGUGCGAGGGGGGACACUGGGGCCAGCACUGGGGGGAAGGAGGGCGGUGAAAAGGGGGAUGGAGGGGAGGAGGUGGGGGAGGGGAGUGAAGAGGAGGACGGGGAGAGGAGUGGAGAGGGGGAGGAGAUGGAGGAGGAAGAGGAUCAGGACGGGGAGGAGGAGCAAGGGGGGAAAGCUAAGGAGGGGGAGGAGCAGGGGAAGGAAGGAGAGGAGGAGGGGAAGGAAGGAGAAGGGGAGGGGAAGGGGCGGGGGGUCGGGGAGAGGGAGCGGGUGUGGUACGAGGUGUGUGUGGCAGACGAGGGGGAGGGCAUGGCGGAGGAGGAGGUGCAGCAGGUGCUCUUCAUGGCUCAGGCAGGCGCUCAGAGAGGGGGAGUGGGCGGCACAGGCCUAGGGCUGGCCAUCAGCCAUGGGCUGCUGGCGUUGAUGGGCGGGCGCCUCUGGAUCAAAUCCCAGCCGUCCAAAGGCACCCAGGCCUUCGCCCUCAUCCCUCUCCUCCCCGCGUCCGCCCCCUUCCCCCCAUCCGCCAAGGGCGGCCCCCCUGCCUCCCCCCUGGGGGCAGGCCGGCGCUCCCCCUCGCCUUGCCUGGUCGGAGGGCAGGCGGGGAAGGAGGGUGAUGAGGAGGAUAGGCAAGCGAUAUCAGCGAAAAUGGAGGUGGAGGGGGCCGAGGGGGGUGGAAGAGAGGGGAAACGGGAAGUGAAAAGGGAGGUGGAGGGGCAGGGUGACGAGGAGGAGGAGGAAGAGGAGGAGGAGGAGUGCAAGAGUCUACGGGUGUUGGUAGCGGAGGACAACAAGGUGAACCAGCUGCUGAUUCGCCGCCUGCUGAAGCACUACGGGCACGAUGUCACGGUGGUGGGCAAUGGACGCCUGGCCGUGGACGCGGUGCAGAAGGAAUCUUUCGACCUUGUCCUCAUGGACCUGCAGAUGCCCGACGGGCUUAGUGCGACGCGCGAGAUCAGGAAGCUGCCAGGAAAGGAGGCGCGCAUCCCAGUGUACGCAUUGACAGCGGACGUGUUGGUGCCGGAGAUAGAGGCGGCGGGGAUGGACGGCUUCCUCAGCAAGCCCAUCGCCUGGGACAAGAUGAGCCGCGUCGUAAGCUCGCUGUUGCACGCUAAAAACGCCAAGCUCAAGCAGCAGAAGCAGGCUGCUCCUGCUGCUGCUGCUGCUGCCUCCGCUGCUGCAGGCUCUGCUGCUGCUGCAGGAGCGGUGGUUGGUGGAGUGGCAGGAGGCGGAGAAGGAGGCAAGGGGGUGGAGGUGGGGAAACGGGCGUCUGGGGGAGUAGUGAGUGGCGCAGGUGCGGCUGCAGCAGCAGGAGGAGGUGCGGCGGGUGCAGAAGGGGGAGGCGGCGGCAAGUUGCGGGUGCUGGUGGCGGAGGACAACAGGGUGAACCAGAUGCUCAUUCGCAAGAUGCUGCAGCACUACGGGCACGAGGUGACACUGGUGCUCAACGGGCGGCUGGCAGUGGAGGCAGUGCAAGCAAAGCCAUUCGACCUUGUUCUCAUGGAUAUUCAGAUGCCCAUUAUGGAUGGCUUGACAGCGACACGUGAGAUCAGGAAGCUGCCAGGAAGGGAGGCGCGCAUUCCAGUGUACGCGUUGACAGCGGACGUGUUGGCGCCGGAGAUAGAGGCGGCGGGGAUGGACGGCUUCCUCAGCAAGCCCAUCGCCUGGGACAAGAUGAGCCGAGUCGUGGAAACUUUGCUGCGAGCCAAGGCGGCCCAGAUCCCCGAAGCAAGACUCGGGAGGGCGGUCGGCGGAAUGGCCGCGUGGGGCGGCGCGUUCCGCGCAACGCGCGCGGCGUGGAAGAAGCGGAAGGGGCCGAUGCUGAUGCCGGGGCUGCUGGAGGCGCAGCAGCUCGCCGUGGCUCGGCAACCCGAACGUGUGCUUCGGAAUCGAGGCUUGGUGGAGAUCGGACAGAAAGCAUCCUCCUUUCCGCCUUCCCUUCCCCCAACGCCUUCCGCAGUCAAUCCAGCCCCGCCCCCUGUUCUCCCGUCUCCCUGCAACGCUUCCGCCUCCCCAGGCGCAACCAGUUCCGCGCACGUGCACCGCGACGUGCGCCGGCUGAUGUCCGCCUACGACGCGUUCUUCAGCGGGUGGCCGCAGCCGUCUGCGGAGCGCCUGGCGGACGACACGCGGGAGCCGCCGCUGAUGCGCGAAAUGGACGUGGGGCGCAUUCCGGACGCGCGGAUGGUGCGGCUCCUGCGCGGAUGGGAGAAGAACUCGUGGGGGAAGGGCGCGGAGGAGGGCGGGGAAGGGGGCGCGGGGGAAGCGGCGGAGAGGGGGAAAGGGGGGGCGCGAGAGCGGGGGGAGGGGGGGAGGCGCGCGGUGGAGUAUGGGGAGACGGAGGCUCUGGCGUACGCGGCUGCGCGCAUGCCCUCCACCUAUGCCGCCGUCUUCCGUGCUCUCACUGAGGUGAAGCGGCGGCUGCCCUCCCUCGCGCCCUCCUCCCUGCUGGACUUUGGAUCCGGGCCUGGCACCGUGAUGUGGGCGGCCAGUGAGGUGUGGGGGAGCACGGUGCAGAGGGCGGCAGCAGUGGAGCCCGCUGAUGCCAUGUGGGCCAUGGGGGAGCACAUCAGGGCAGUGGCAGCGGCGGCUCCCAAGCCCCCACGUGCGCUGCCGGAGGUGGAGCGAUACACCAGCCUGCAGCACCUGUCAAGGGAGGCACGAGGCGCCGACAGGGUGUUUGAUGUUGUGGUGGCGGCGUAUGCACUUGGCGAGGUGGAAUCAUUGGAUGAGAGGCGCGCCAUUGUGGACCGCCUCUGGAGCCAUGCCCGCCAUGUCAUGGUGCUGGUGGAGACAGGCAACCCACGCGGUUAUGAGGCCAUAGUCAAGGCCAGGGCGCACAUACUGCACACACAGAGAGCGAAGGCAGCUCGACUGGCUGAUAGGGGUCCCAGCAAGAACGCCCCGCACCCCUCCAAACCCCUUCUGCCGCCCGGUGCUCACGUGCUCGCCCCUUGUGCACAUGACGGCCACUGCCCCAUGUACGGCACGAGCAGCUGGUGCCACUUCUCCCAGACGCUGCAGCGCUCUGCCGUGCAGCGCAUUGCCAAGAGGGCAGCGGGGCAGGAGAUAACCGGGAGUACGGAGGAGGAGAAGUUCUCCUAUGUGGUGCUGCGCAGGGGACCUCGACCCGAGGUGGUGGCGCCAUUGCAGCAGAUAGCGGAGUUCCGGCGGGAGGAGAAGGAGAGGCAGGCGAGGGAGGAGGCAGAGAAGGAGGCCAAGCGCCUGGCCAAGAAGCAAGCCAAGUGGGGGCCGACAGUGCGGCUCAUCCCCCUGGACGAGGGACCAGUGGCAGCAGAGGGGGUCGCACCGCUGCAAGGGGAAGGGCAAGGGGCGAAGGGUGCAGGUGAGGGAGGGGUGCAACCAGAGGAGGAGGCGGAGGAGGAAGAGGAGGAUGAGGAUGAGGAUGAAGAUGAGGAUGAGGAGGCGGAUGUUCGACCAAAACACACUCCCGUCAGCUCUGCAGGCGAAGAGGGUGGGGAGAUGGAAGGCGAUGUUGGUGACAGUGGCAGUGAUUAUGGUGAUGAUGAUUCUGACUUGGAUGAUGAUACGGUGGAUCCCACAUUAGCCACUGACAACCCGCCACGUGGCGACCGCUUUGCGAAUCUGAGUUCCGAGUGGAGCCGCGUGAUUCGCGAGCCGAGGCGGCGGGGGCAGCACGUGAUAGUGGACGUGUGUGCUUCGGUGGACGGGCGCGGGCGGCGGGGUGAGCUGCAGCGGCUGCUCUUCUCCAAGGCGGCUGGGCGCGUGGAGUACCGGUUUGCACGCAAGGUGCGGUGGGGUGACCUGUGGCCCAGCACCGGUGAGGCACAGGAGGGCAAAGAGGAUGGCGAGAGCGAGGGCUCGAAUACCAAGGCGAUCAUGACGACUAGCAGCGACACCCAGCCGCAGGAGCCGGCGCAUACCGCGGGGCCCGAGGUAGCGCUCGUGUUCAUCGGUGUGUCGCUGGCGCUCGGCGCGCUGUGCCGGCAGGUGCUGAGCAACACGCGCAUCCCGUACACCGUCGCGCUGCUGCUCGUCGGCGUCGGGCUCGGCGCGCUAGAGUAUUAUGUCAACCUGGGAUUGCUGGGGGAGAGCAUUCGGAUGUGGGCCAACAUUGAUCCGGAACUGGUGCUCUAUGUCUUUCUGCCCGCGCUGCUAUUCGAAAGCGCCUUUUCCUUCGAGUUCCACCAAGUCAAGCGGUGUCUGGUGCAGAUGUUUCUGCUGGCAGUGCCGGGCGUGGCCAUCUCCACUGGCUUCCUCGGACUCAUCAGCCGGUACGUGCUGCCGUACGGGUGGAACUGGAGCACGGCCAUGCUGCUGGGCGGGCUGCUCAGCGCCACAGAUCCCGUGGCCGUGGUGGCGCUGCUGCGCGACCUGGGCGCUUCCAAGAAGCUCAGCACCAUCAUUGACGGGGAGGCUCUCAUGAACGACGGCACGGCGAUAGUGGUGUUCCAGCUGUUCCUGCGCCUCACUCUAGGCUACAGCUACGGCAUCGGGGAUGUCAUCGGCUUCCUCUUCAAGGUCACGCUCGGCGGGGUGGGGCUGGGAAUGGCGUUCGGGAUAGUGAGUCUGCUGUGGCUGCGCACCGUCUUCAGCGAUCACGUGAUCGAGAUCACCAUCAGCCUCACCGCCUCCUACAUGGCCUUCUUCGUGGCUAAUGACGUGGCCCAGACAUCGGGAGUGCUGUCAGACAUGACUCUUGGCAUCAUGUUUGCCAUAUUCGCCAAGACAGCAUUCACAGGGGAGAGCGAGCAGAGCAUGCACCACUUCUGGGAGAUGGUGUCCUACAUCGCCAACACGCUCAUUUUUGUGCUCAGGCGCGGACUGGGGCUACAUGAUUCUGCUCUACGUCUUCGUGCAGCUGUCCCGCGUGGUGGUGGUGGGAGUGACUUUAGAGUCGACUCAAAAGUCUCCCCUUCCCUCUCCCCUUACCCCCUCUGCCUGCCAGGCGCGGACUGGGGCUACAUGAUUCUGCUCUACGUGUUUGUGCAGCUGUCCCGAGUGGUGGUGGUGGGGGUGCUGUACCCCGGGCUGGCCAGCAGCGGCUACGGGCUCACGUGGAAGGAGGCCAUCAUCCUCGUCUGGUCGGGGCUGCGCGGUGCCGUCGCCCUCACGCUCGCCCUGCUCGUCAGCGUAAGUCACAGCUCACAUGGGGGGUGUGGGGCACAUGGGGGGCGUGGGGCACACGGGGGGCGUGGGUGGGGCACACGGGGGGCGUGGGGCACAUGGGGGGCGUGGGGCACACGGGGGGCGUGGGGCACAUGGGGGGCGUGGUGUUUCUCUGCUGCGUCCUAUCGGUCGGCUGCAUGCAGGGCACCGUCGCGGUCUCUUCCUCUGCUUGUCAAUAUUCAUGCCUCGCCCCUUUGCGGAACGUCCUCAUUCCUUGGCCUGCUUCUGCCAUGGGGCGGUUCACAGUACAUGCGAUUCUGCUCAUGCCACCUCUCUGUGCCCACCCGCCCGCCCGCUUCCACGCGGCAGUUCAUGUUCCUGACGGGUGGAGUGGUGUUCCUGACGCUCAUAGUGAACGGCUCCACCACGCAGUUCGUGCUCGCCGCUCUCAAGAUGAACGCCACCUCCGACAUCAAGGUGACCCGCUCCCUCUCCCCCUCCUUACACGCCUCAAUUAUCAUCACAACCUAUCUAACCGCGUUAGGUUCCUCAUCUUCCCUGUCGGCUCGUUUUCUUCUCCGCUCAGCCAUCCUGUGUGUUCCAAUGUAUCUACUCUGGUUCCUUGCUCGCUCCCUUCCCUUCUCCGCCGUCACUCUCUCCCUGUUUUAUUUCUUUACUCCUCUUCCUGAACCUCUAUCCGCCCUGCUCUCAGUCACCCUCCUUUCUGUCCUUCUCCCAUCCCCCAUCGCCUACUUCCUUCCCCUCUUCUCCCGCCCCACCUCCCCCUGCUCGCACCCCCGCCCCUCCCCGCCUCUCCCACAACAGAAGCGAGUGGUGAACUUCACGCGCCAGGAGCUGUGUGAGUACGCGGUGAAGACCUUUGAGGAGAUAGGAGAUGACGAGGAGCUGGGUCCAGCGGAGUGGGCCACAGUCAACGAGUACCUCACCUGCCUCAAGCAGCCCGCCUCCCAUGGGACCCUCUCCGCCAGCGCCUUCCUGAGCCGAUUCGGAGGCUCGGGGGCUGGUUCGGGGGGAGGGUCGGGGGUGGGGGUGAGGAAGAGCCACCCGCAUGACCACAGCCAGCCGCAUGAGCAGCUGAGGGCGCAGCAGCUGCAUGACACUCGCCUCCGGUUCCUCAAUGACUCCUCGCUUCCCUUCUCUAUGCUGCCCCACCACCACCACUGUCCGUCACUCUUCCCAGGUGUGCAGGCGGCGUACUGGAGCAUGCUGGAGGAGGGGCGAGUGAACCAGACGGCCGCCAUGCUGCUCAUGCAGGCCGUGGCCGAGGCCGUCGACCUCACCACGCAGCAGCGGCGCCUGAUGCUCUGGAAGGCCCUGGAGCCCCACGUGCGCAUGCCACGCUACCUGCGCCUCAUUCACCGCCGCCUGCGCAGGCUGCUCCCGCAGCGCGCCCUCAACUGGGUGACGGUGGACCGCCUGGAGCUCGCCGCCUCCAUGAGUGCCGCUUACAUCCGCGCCCUGCGCCACGCCCGCCAGCAGCUGCGGGACUUCCUCAAGGACAGCCCGAUAUGCGAGGCGGUGAUACUGGAGAGCGAGGAGGAGGAGACACCAGCCAAGAAGUUCAUGGAGGACGUGCGCCUCAACUUCCCAGAAGUCCUUACAAUCAUCAAGACCAAGCAGGUCACACACGCCAUCCUGCAGGGCUUGCACGGGUACGUCGAGAAUCUCGAGCACGCAGGGCUGCUGGACCAGCGCGAGGUGAUGCAUCUGCACAAGGCGGUGCAGGCGGACAUGAAGAAGCUGCAGCGCAGCCCGCCGUUUGUGGCGAUGCUGCCGGCGGGGGAGGUGCUGGCACGGCAGCCGCUGAUCGGAGCGCUACCGGCGGACAUCCGCCUCGCGCUGCUGCAGCCGCUCAAAGAGGCCACCAAACUCUCCGGGGCGUCCCUCUUCCACGAGGGGCAGGCGGCUCAAGGCGUCUGGCUCAUCGCCUCUGGCACCGCCAAGUGGACGUCAGCGCGAGCAGAGGCGGAAGCAGAGGCGCAUGGGCAUCGGUUCAUCCCGCCGCUGUUUGCACACGGCAGCUCCGUGGGGCUGUAUGAGACGCUGCGCGGGUGCGCAUACAUGAGCACGGUGGUGGCAGACAGCGUGCUGCACUGCUUCUUCAUCGACCGCCAGCGCAUCAUGGAUGCCGCUGGUAGCAGCGACGCUAUAGAGGACUUUCUCUGGAAGGAGAGCUGUCUGGAAGUAGUGAGGGUGCUGCAACCAGAGGAGUUUGGCGCACUCUCCAUGCACGAGCUGCGAGUGCUGCUCACAGACUCAGCGCACCUCCUCACAUGCCGCCCAGGAGACACCCUGGACCUGCUGCCCUCGCAAGUGGCCGUGCUGCUGCUUGGCUCCGUGCGUCCCGUCGACCUCUCUCUAGCCAACGCCUCCGCCUCUGCCUCCGCCAUUCCUUUCUCUGGUUCUGCACUCGCUGCAUCCCAGCCUCUGCUGGAUCCCACGCAUACUGCUGCUGCCUCGUCUGCCGUUGCUGAUGCUGCCGCUGCUGCUGAUUAUGCCGCUGCUGGUUCUGCAAAUGGAGGCGCUGGGCAGGGGAAAGGGGGCGAGGUUUCAGAGGCAGAUGGCGUGCAAGGGGGUGAUGUAGGCGAGAGCGAUAGGCUGCUGGGCGGUGGCAGUGAGAACCAUGGGGGUGGAGGAGGAGGGGGCGAUGGGCGCGUGGAGAAUGGCUUGUUGGUGGCCAUAGAUGCUCCGGCGUUGCUCACAGCGCAGCCACUGCCAGCCGCAGCCCCUGACCGGGCAGUGUAUGGAGACAGCGCUGCCAUGCUGCACGGGCGCUACUCCGCCCUCUCCCUCUGCAAGCUGCUUGUCAUCCACAUGCCCCGCGACCUCAUGUCCGUCCAAAACACGCCCACCAGGUCGUUCCACGUGCACCGCCCGCAGGCCACGCACGACCACGAUGGGCUGCUGCGCUUCGGAGCGGAGGGAGCGGAGGAGAGCACCCUCAACGAGGCACUUCUGGCGGCCAUGGGGGCGGGGGAGCAUGCUGGCGAGGAGGGCAUGGGGGGGCUGGGCGAGGAGGGGGCGAGUGAGAUGACGAUGCCGCGCGGCAGUGAGCUGGCGGCGGCACUGAGGGACCGUGCUGUGGUGGACCAGGCGCUCACGGAGCGAGCCAUGGAGCUCAGUGUGUUCGGCAGCAAGGCGCUUACGGAGCGAGCCAUGGAGCUCAGUGUGUUCGGCAGCAAGGUGCGUGUGAGAGAUCUGGGGGGGAGAGAGCACGUGACUACGGACACGUCACCGCACCACCACGCACAGCUGCACUACAGCCACGCGCACGCGCACUACCACAGCCACUACAACCUGCACACCGCACGAGUCAGCCCCGCCCCCUCCCCCACCUCCGCCCUCUUCACCGCCUCCCAGCCACACCUGCUGCCUGAUUUCCGCCGCCAGGUAGGACAGCAGGUCAAUCGCGCCGCCACGUCAUCAGGUGCCAGCGCGCGCAAAACCAGUGACCCCAACAUUGUCCAAUCGAUGCGCAGCGGCCAUGUCAGCUUUGCAGCGCAGGGCCAGCUGGCACGCAGCGGGGCGCACAGCACGUCGCUGUCUGCGAUCCUGCCCUCGCUUUAUGCAGCGGCUGAUUCGCGAACGCCAGGCAGUGAUGGUGGUGGUGAUGGUGGUGUGAAGCCUGACGGGGUAUCGAGGGACGGUGGUGCUGGAGAUGUGGCAAAGCCUGAAGUCCCCCGUGCAUUUCUGCCGCCACGUCGGCCUCCUUCCUCAGCCCCAUCCUCGUCCAGUGGUAUUCCCCUCGACCGGCAACCAGAUUCAGCAGAAGAUCAUCAAGUAGACGCCAUGGCGAGCAAGGCGGCUUUCGUACUUCUCGCCCUCCUCGCGGCUGCCGCGUUCUGUCACGCUAGCCGUCCUCUUCCUGCAGACAGCGAUAACUCCGUUACCAUCGUUGCCAAGGAUAACGAUAAUACUGUCGCCGUGGUUCCCGCUGAUAGCGACAACACCGUUGCCGUGGUUCCCGCUGAUAGCGACAACACGGUCGCCGUGGUUCCCGCUGAUAACGACAACACGGUCGCCGUGGUUCCCGCUGAUAACGACAACACGGUCGCCGUGGUUCCCGCUGACAACGACAACACGGUCGCCGUGGUUCCUGCUGACAACGACAACACGGUCGCCGUUGUUCCCGCUGAUAACGACAACACGGUCGCCGUGAUUCCCGCUGAUAACGACAACACGGUCGCCGUUGUUCCCGCUGAUAACGACAACACGGUCGCCGCUGUUCCCGCUGAUAAGGACAACACGGUCGCCGUGGUUCCCGCUGAUAACGACAACACGGCCGCCGUUGUUCCCGCAGAUAACGACAACACGGUCGCCGUUGUUCCCGCUGAUAACGACAACACGGUCGCCGUUGUUCCCGCUGAUAACGACAACACGGUCGCCGUUGUUCCCGCUGAUAACGACAACACGGUCGCCGUUGUUCCCGCUGAUAACGACAACACGGUCGCCGUUGUUCCCGCUGAUAACGACAACACAGUUGCCGUGGUUCCCGCCGAAGCAGAGGACAAUGUGGCUGUCGCUCAGCCAUCGUCUGACGUCAGCCCUAAGAUUGCUAUGGUUGGUCGUGGUGGUUGCGAGGGCCAGGUCACCAAGGCUAGUGUUGCAGCUGUCGACACCGUCGCCAGUAAUGCCGGCGGGCUCACGAAGCGAUCCGUCGCCGGAUCCAACGGCAAUGCGGCGAAGCAAUUCACCAUGGACGAUGUGUCCAAGCACAACCGCCCAGGGGACGCCUGGGUGGUCGUCCAAAACAAGGUAUACGAUGUGAGCGACUUUGCCGACCAGCAUCCAGGCGGGCGCGUGAUCUACUUGCUGGCGGGUCGCAACGCCACGGACGUGUUCGCCGUCUUCCACAAGCCGUCCACCUCGGCGUUCCUCUCCACGCUGUACAUCGGCGAUCUCAAGGACAGUGAGGUCGAGCCGACGGGCGAUCUGCUCAAGGACUUCCGCGAUCUGAGGGCGUCGUUCGAGGCGAAGGGGUACUUUAAGUGCAGCCCGGCGUACUACCUGUUCAAGGUGCUGUCCACGUUCGCCAUUGUCGCCGCCAGCAUCGCCAUCAUCAUGUGGACCUCCGACCCGCGCUGGGUGCUCGUCUCCGGCGUGCUUCUCGGCCUCUAUUUUCAACAAGUCGGCUGGCUCUCGCACGACUUCCUUCACCACCAGGUGUUCCAAUCGCGGUCCCUGAACACGUUCAUCGGCGGGUACAUUCACGGCAACCUGGCCCAGGGCUUCAGCAUGAAUUGGUGGAAGAACAAACACGCCACACACCACGCCAUACCCAACGAGUGCGACAAGGAGUACCGCCCAAUCGACCCGGAUAUCGACACGCUGCCGUACCUGGCGUGGAGUGAGGACAUUCUCGCGACCGUCAAGAGCAAGACCGUGCGCUCGCUGCUGCGCUACCAGAGCUUUCUCUUCUUACCCACCCUCUUCGUCGCCCGUUUCGCAUGGUCGUACGGGAGCCUGACUUACUGCUUCUCGGAUCAGGUGCCAGCGAAGGAGCGCUUCUAUGAGCGGCUGUUCAUGGUGCUGCACUACGCGUGGGUGCUGGGGUUCGGCUUCGGCUGCCUGCCGUUCUGGACGGCCGUCACGUGGUUGCUGACGGCGCAGAUCUCCGGCGGGCUGUUCCUUUCGUUUGUGUUCGUGCAGAGCCACAACGCCAUGGAGAUCUACAACGAGGGCAAAGACUUCUACACCGCCCAGAUUGUGACCACGCGUAAUGUGAGCGACGGGCUGUUCAAUGACUGGUUCACAGGCGGGCUGAACAAGCAGCUGGAGCACCACCUGUUCCCCACCAUGCCCCGGCACCACCUGGGCAAGACGUGCAAGGCAGUGAAGGAGCUCUGCGAGAAGCACGGGCUUGCCUAUGAGAAGGUGUCCUUCGCCAAGGGCACCCUGUCCGUGCGCGCCUCGGCGUCAAAUGCGCCGGCAGUUGCGGAGGAAAAGGCUGAGAAGGGGGAGAAGAAAGCCGCUUCGCGCGGACCGUCUUCGGCCGGCCCGCCGGCGCAGGGAAAGGCGGGAGGAAAGACGGAAUUGAUCGACGUGAGCCCGCCACGUGGCACUCGAGACUUUCCCCCCGACGACAUGCGAUUGCGCAACUGGCUCUUCGGGCACUUCAGACAGGUGUCGCAGGUGUUUGGGUUCGAGGAGGUGGACUACCCCGUGCUGGAGUCGGAGGAGCUGUUCGUGCGCAAGGCGGGCGAGGAGAUCACCCAGCAGCUGUACAACUUUGAGGACAAGGGUGGCCGUCGCGUGGCUCUGCGCCCCGAGCUCACUCCCUCGCUCGCCCGCCUCGUGCUGCAGAAAGGCAAGUCGCUGGCGCUGCCGGUGAAGUGGUUUGCGAUUGGGCAGUGCUGGCGCUACGAGCGCAUGACACGUGGCAGGCGCAGGGAGCACUACCAGUGGAACAUGGACAUUCUGGGAGUGCCGGGAGUGGAGGCGGAGGCGGAGCUGCUGGCAGCGGUGGUGGCGUUCUUCACACGCGUGGGGCUCUCCUCCAAGGACGUCGGCAUCCGUGUCUCCAACCGCAAGGUGCUGCAAGAGGUGGUGGAGGGCAGUGGUGUGCCCGCUGACAAGUUCGCGGCAGUCUGUGUGGUGGUGGACAAGAGGGACAAGAUAGGGGAGGGGGCGGUGGGGAGGGAGCUGGCGGAGCUGGGGGUGGAGGAGGCGGCAGCACGGGCCAUCCUGGCCACCAUGAACAUCUCAUCGCUGCAGCAGCUCAGAGAGCACAUGGCAGCGAGUGGGGGCCAGGAGGGCGGCAGUGCAGCAGUGGCGGACUUGGAGCGCCUCUUCUCCCUGGCCGAGGCACACGGCUUUGCGGAGUGGCUGGAGUUUGACGCCUCUGUUGUGCGCGGCCUCGCUUACUACACUGGCACUGUCUUUGAGGCGUUUGACAGGGCGGGGGAGCUGAGGGCCAUCUGUGGAGGGGGGCGGUACGACCGCCUGCUCUCCUCCUUUGGGGCUGCCGCGGACACACCUGCCUGCGGCUUUGGCUUUGGAGAUGCCGUCAUUGUCGAGCUUUUGAAACAAAGAGGUCUUAUGCCAUCGCUCCAACAGACAGUCGAUGACAUCGUUGUUCCUCUCGACGAAUCGCUCAACGGCGCUGCUGCAUCUGUGGCAGCUCGCCUACGCCAGAAGGGCAGGCGGGUGGACCUGGUGCUUGAGAACAAGCGGCUGAAAUGCUCCUUCGGUGGCUCUGAAGUGGAAAAGCUCUUGCUGGACUCUGCCCGUGGUACUCUACUAGCUGACGUGGCGACGUGCUGCCUUGUGUCUGUCCAGGGUCGUGGUGGUUGCGAGGGCGAGGUCACCAAGGCUCGCGUCGCAGCCGUGGAGACCGUCGCCAGUAAUGCAGGCGGGCUCACGAAGCGAUCCGUCGCCGGAUCCAACGGCAAUGCGGCGAAGCAGUUCACCAUGGACGAGGUGUCCAAGCACAACCGCCCAGGGGACGCUUGGGUGGUCGUCCAAGACAAGGUGUACGAUGUGAGCGACUUCGCCGACCGGCAUCCAGGCGGGCGGGUGAUCUACUCGCUGGCGGGUCGCAACGCCACGGACGUCUUCGCCGCCUUCCACAAGCAGUCCACCAAGUCGUUCCUCGCCACGCUGCAAAUCGGCGAGCUCAAGGACAGCGAGGUCGAGCCGACCGGCGAUCUGCUGAAGGACUUCCGCGAUCUGCGGUCGUCGUUCGAGGCGAAGGGGUACUUCAAGAGCAAUCUGGCGUACUACCUGUUCAAGGUGCUGUCCACCGACGCCAUUGUCGCCGCCAGCAUCGCCAUCAUCAUGUGGACCUCCGACCCGCUCUGGGUGCUCUUCUCCGGCAUGCUUCUCGGCCUCUACUGGCAACAAGUCGGCUGGCUCUCGCACGACUUCCUUCACCACCAGGUGUUCCAAUCGCGGUUCAUGAACACGUUCAUCGGCGGGUACAUCCACGGUAACCUGGCCAUGGGCUUCAGCACCAACUGGUGGAAGAACAAGCACAACACGCACCACGCCGUGCCCAACGAGUGCGACAAGGAGUACCGCCCAAUCGACCCGGAUAUCGAUACUCUGCCGUACCUGGCGUGGAGCGAGGACAUUCUCGCGACCGUCAAGAGCAAGACCAUUCGCUCGAUGCUGCGCUACCAGAGCCCGCUCUUCUUCCCCAUCCUCUCCUUCGCCCGCUUCGCCUGGUCGUACGCGAGCCUGACUUACUGCUUCUCGGACGAGGUGGCGCCUAAGGAGCGCUUCUGGGAGCGGCUGUUCAUGGUGCUGCACUACGCGUGGGUGCUGGGGUUCGGGUUCGGCUGCCUGCCGUUCUGGAAGGGCCUCAUGUGGAUGCUGACGGGGCAGAUCUGCGGCGGGCUGUUCCUGGCCGUGGUGUUCGUGCAGAGCCACAACGCCAUGGAGAUCUACAACGAGGGCAAAGACUUCUACACCGCUCAGAUUGUGACCACCCGUGAUGUGAACGGCGGCCUCUUCAACGACUGGUUCACAGGCGGGCUGAACAGGCAGCUGGAGCACCACCUGUUCCCCACCAUGCCCCGGCACCACCUGGGCAAGACGUGCAAGGCAGUGAAGGAGCUCUGCGAGAAGCACGGCCUCGUCUAUGAGGAUGUGUCCUUUGCCGAGGGCACAUCGCUUGUGCUUGAGCAUCUCAGCAGAAUUGCAGAGAAGGCCUGA